CGCUAGGAAUACUAUGGUCGCUCACAAACGUAUUUUUCGGAGUCGGUGUCGACCGAUGAUGCGCGAAGCGCGCAAGGCGCACGUUCUCGCGCUACAAUGUCACGAUGCGAUCUCGCAACUCGCAACGUCCGGCGUCAGCGCGCACGUGUUCUACAGAACCCGAGGAGCUGAUUACGUAAAAUCGUCAGUGAUAAAAUAUUUCGACUCGAGCCAGCGAAUGGAGAACGGAGCCAGCGAGCGAACACGCGUAGCUCCAGUUUUACAGCGAUUGCGUGUACGUUACCCACGUGCCGAGACGUUGCGCGCAUAUAUUGUUGGAGCAGAUGUGAACCACGUGCGCGGACGAAACGCUGACCGCAUAACAGUUAUCGCACACAUGCAGUAAAGUAAUAGAGUGUGCAAGAAUGACUAUGUGUAACAGUUGAAAGCAAGGGCUGAAGAAAUUCUCUUGUAUCGAAGAUCUUUAAUUAAAAAAAAAAAUGGAUAAACCAUCAGUAGCGAUUGAUAGCGAUAUGAAAACCGACGAGGUGACACCACAAAUGGAAUCUUUCCGUGGAAACAGGAUGUACUGCAGAAAAUACUUCGGAUGGGUAAAAUAUAUAUCAGUAGAGCCGACUAUGUGGCUUUACAUGAUGGCAUUUAUGUUCACGUCAGUCGUCGAGCAAGACUUUUUUAGAUAUAAAGCAUGUCGGGUGGAUCACGGAUACUCUGAAGAAAUCUGUAUGAAGCUAAACGAUGAUGAUAAUAAAGCGAUAAAGACCAAAGUACAGAUGACCGUCUCGGAAUUUCAUCAAUGGAACGACAUUGCCGGGCAUGUAGUGCCUAUUAUCUUGGCAAUGUUUUAUGGCAACUGGAGCGACCGGCGAGGACGUAAAUUGCCGCUCGUCCUCGGUUUGACGGGCAAAUUGAUUUACUCCUUCAUGGUCGUGAUCAAUUCUAUGAUGAACACUUGGAAUCUGAACAUGGUAGUGUACACGGCAACCCUGCCGAUGAGCCUACUGGGCGGCGACGUGGCAAUCUUUGGCAGUUGCUUCGCGUACAUGUCGGACAUAAGCUCCGUGCAACAAAGAACUAUGAGAAUCACGAUCUUAGAUGUCGUUUAUCUCAGCACUAUGCCCUCGGGAGUUGCACUUGGAUCUUAUGUGUUUACUCAUUUAGUCAACAUGUCCUACACAAUUAUGUUCGCUAUAAACGCGACUUUACUCUUGCUGGCGAUUGUGUAUUCGCUCGUGUGGCUAAAAUGGCAAACGUCACCAAGGCAGCAACCACUUUCGGGCACCAACUGGCUGUUCGACUUCUUCGACACAAGACAUGUCGCCACGACAAUGCGAACGUUAGUGAAAUCGAGACGCAAUCAUGGCAAAUUGCACCUGUGGUUGCUUCUGCUCGCGAUGUGUCUAUAUACAUUCCAGAGAGACGAGAAACCGAAGAGUCAAAUGUAUACCUCACUAAUCUUUAAGUGGAACGUGGUGGAUUUUAGCAACUUUAAAACAUUCCAAUCGACUCUCUUCGUAUUAGCAAUGCUCAUUGGAGUGCCUAUCAUGAAUAAAUUAAUAGGAAUGAAGGACACUUUCAUCGUAGCGGUUGGAGCAAUAGCGCACGCAGCUGGAAGAAUAGUAUUUGUUUUAGCGGACCAGCCAAAAUUGUUUUACGUGGGUGCUGCUGUUGCUGCGUUAGGUCCCGUAGUAGCUCCGGUACUCAGAUCUAUGACCUCGAAACUUGUGCCCAUAGAGGAACGAGGAAAGGUAUUCGCGAUGCUUUCCGUAUGCGAUAACGCAGUACCGCUAUUUAGCGGUACUUUAUAUUCUCAACUUUAUAACGCUACGAUAAAGACAGCACCGAGCUCUUUCUAUUGGUUGACAUUCGCCACGCAGAUCGCCGUGCUCCUGUUAAUUCUAUUGAUCCAUUUUUCAUCGUGGUCUAAGCACGCGACUGAGCAACAGGAUUACAUUGAUGACGAGGCGGUAGCUCCAUCUCUUUCAAAUACAAUCGAAGCUAACUCGUCGAGUAAUGUAACGACCUAAUCUUAGAAAGCAUGUGAUAAGAUUGUAACCGCCUAUACGUAAAGCAUCAAAGGUCAUCUCGUCAAAGACUGAUGUUUCAUCUUGUAUAUUAAAAGGAAUAGUGUAAAUACACAAUACAUUUACAAUACUUAGAAUUCAUAUAACAAUCCACUUGAAAUAAGCAUAAACUUAUCGAUGUAUUUUUAAGUAUCGAUCAUGGUUAAUAUCUCAGGGAAAAUAAUAUAAAAUUAUAAUUUUGUUAAUAUAGCAAUAAAGUAAUUUUUAAAAUAGUUUAGAUAUUUUUUUAGAUAUUCGUAAGUAAUAAGAUUUCAAAAGUAUUUGAAGCAUAAUAAUAGAAGAUAUAUAAACUACAAUUCAAAAAAUAUAUAAUAUGUACAUUAUA